UGCCAUAAAUGUCUCGGGGCGAGUAACGGAAACCCACCGACAGAUCGGCGCCACCGUCCCGACGUCCGGUAUACUAGUCCACAUUUUUGGCGGCAGCCGCCCAGUCUAAGGUCCAAUCCCCGAACCGAACGGUCGUCCGAAAUACUUAGGAAAUAAUCCUAACGAGUGUGGUAAGCAGUUCAGUAGAGCGGCAAAAUGGACGCGCGCUUUAGAAGCAAUCUCGACAUGAUUGGGCGCAACGAGCCCAUCACAAGGAAGGCCAAAUUCUGGCAAAGUUAUGUCCGAGCCUUGAAAGGCACUGAUGACAUGAGAGCUCCGGAACACACGCACAGACCCCGCAGUAUUUUCCGCUCGGAUUAUCCUGAGCUGCAUUCCACCUCGUGGCCCUUUGGAAAAUCCAUCUUUGAAAACCCCCUACACGCGGCCGAUCGCGUCAACGUUCCUGGAUACAGGUACCUGCCCCUCCACCGUGACAUCUACGGUUACUCACCGAGGCAGAUCUACCCGCAUCAAUACAAACCUGUAGAACGCUUCACCCCCGCGAGACCAUUCGACCCUGAGAAAGCUUGGACCGACCAUCUGAACCGCUUGGCAGACAUCGACAGGCUGUAUCCGAGCAGAUCGCCUUUGCUCUCUCGGCAUAUCAGCCCUCCGCUCAGUACCAAACGACUGUUCGACAUCCACGGUAACUUGGUGACCGAUUACGAUUAUUUACCGUCGUUCCCUUCGUUGCUUCGCAAGAGACCAUUGUUCGAGCUCCUCGAACCAUCACCGAUGGCACCGAUCAGUGCUUUCACCAGAGACCCAUGGUGGUACCCAGCUUUUGCUCCCUAUAUUCCGAGCUAUGCUGCGAGAAGCACCCCGUUUUUCUUGAGGGACAGUUACCUUAGUCCUGUAAAACGUAGCUACCUAUGGAGCCGACAUCCGAUCAGGCCUUUUGGUUCGUUAUACUACUAUUAUUCGCAGCCAGUUCCACGAUUUCACUUUACCCGCCCGUGGUACAAUAAACGUACCACGUAUUAAGAAAAAAAACUCACGCCUACUGAUGACCGUGUCACCCAGCAUGGAACGCGUGAUACGAAAAAAAUCAAUGAAAAAAUUCAAAUAAAGCCACGUAAAAAGAUAUGCAACGUAUCCCAAGCAAUUAUUCGAUACCUAUCGCCUGACUAUUAUUUUUCUCACAGCGCGUAUCAUCGUCCACGGAGUUCUAUUUAUUAAUUAUGUUUCUCGUCGCCAUGGUUUAUUGUACUUUUCGUUCGUUCUGUCUACGAAUAAAAUAAACACUGCCCAAAUUUUA